GCGGCGGGGGGGGAGGAUGUCGGGCCGCCAUGUUUGAUGCCGCUCUGCUGUCGGUCCGCUCGUGACGGAAGGCGUCGCGUUGUCACGGCUGGACACGUCGUGAGAACAGCGCAGACACGCCCCUCCUCGUCGAUGGCCUCGCUGUGGUCCAAGAUCUCCGCGGCCCUGCCGCGUGACGAGGAGCAGCUUCCGCUGCGGUUCAGCGACAAAGUGGAGGCGAGCGUGGUGGAAAUGCUGAGGAGGUCUCGGCGGCUGCUUUACAACGACGACGACGACGACGCCGCCGCCGGCCGGAUGCUGAGCGCUCAGAUCGUCCUGGACGUCUCGUGGGAGAGGCUCAACGCGGGGACGUGGCGUCACGUGGACAAAGAGUGGAGGCGCGUCUAUUCCUACGGCUGCCUGUUCAAGGCGGCGGCUCUGUGUCGCCACGGCCCCUCGGCGGACCAGGUCCUGCAGGCCGUGAGGACUUGUGACAUGGGCCUGCUCAUGGGCGCGGCCAUCAUGGACGACAUACUGCAGGUUGUGGUUGGGAUUCUCCAAGGGGAAGUCAGGAGGUCCACCGAGCUCGAGAAGGAGGGCGGAGGCGCCGAGGUCAAGAGAAAGAAGAUGGAAUGCCCACGUGUCCCUGUGAUCAGAGAGGAGGCCGCGGUUCCCCGGGUCAAGUGUCCUUCAUUGGAGAGCUUCAGCGCCAACUACCUGCUGCCCCUCAAACCGGUGGUGUUGGAGGGGACCAUCGAGCACUGGCCCGCCCUCAACCGACGCCCCUGGAGCCUCGAAUACCUGCGGGACGUCGCCGGGUGCCGGACGGUCCCCGUCGAGGUGGGGUCCAGGUACACGGACGAGGAAUGGUCCCAGACGCUGCUCACGCUCAACGACUUCAUUGAUCGGCACGUGGUGAAGGAAGAGGGAGCCGAAGGUCCGGGUUAUCUCGCUCAGCACCAGCUUUUCGAUCAGAUACCAGAGCUGAAGGAAGACAUCCGCCUCCCCGAUUACUGCUGCCUGGGCGAAGGAGACGAGGACGACAUCACCGUCAACGCCUGGUUUGGACCCGGAGGGACGGUGUCCCCCCUCCACCAGGACCCUCAGCAGAACUUCCUGGCUCAGGUGGUGGGAAGCAAAUACAUCCGCCUUUAUUCCCCAGAGGACACGGACAAGCUGUACCCUCAUCCAUCACCGCUCCUUCACAACACCAGUCAGGUGGAGGUGGAGAACCCGGACGCCGGGCGCUUCCCGGAGUUCGCCGGCGCUCCGUAUGCCGAGUGCGUGCUGCGGCCCGGAGACGUGCUCUUCAUCCCCGUCCGGCACUGGCACUACGUGCGCUCCCUGGAGCUCAGCUUCUCCGUCAGCUUCUGGUGGUCGUGACCUUUUUUUUUUUUUUUUGUAACGGAACUAUUUGUGUGGAGCUUGUUUUUUUUUUGUUUUUUUUUCCGGUGGAGAGAAAUCAACCCGUGAGUUUUGUUUAAAUUUUUUUAUUUUUUUUGUAAGUAGGGCGAGGCUAGUUCUCGUGAAUCCGAGGACAACCGCUGAUCACACAAACCUUUGAUCUGUGAGCGACGAACACUCGCUGCUGAGUGAUUAGUUUAAUUGUUCUGCAGAUGAUUGCAACAUCUAUUGUGUGGAAAGCGAACAGCGGGGGGGGGGAGAAGAAGAAAAAAAUAAAAAAAAACGACAAAUGA